CCGAGCAUCAUAGCUGAGUGAAUAUAUUUAUUUUGCGCAUGUAUUAAAAAAGUAGCGUCUAUACAUGUUCGUUUUCAAUAAAAUGCGCGUAGGGACGUUACUGUGUAUACCUCUGUGUGGGCUGCUGCCUAUAGCGCUGGGCAGUUCCUCAUGGGAAGAUAGCACAGCUACGGCCGGUCUUUCCGAUGUCGAGGGCAUAACCGUUGCAUUCGGAGAUUUGAAUGCCGAUAGACACACGGAUCUGUUCUUCGUGAACGGGAACGUAGUUUCUGUUGCUUUUUCUGAUGGUGAUUCAGGCGAGACCUUUGAGGUUUCGGAAACCAUCAAUUGCACCGUUGCCGGAUCAGGGGGUAGUGCAACUCCCAUCAUACAUAAUGUCGUGGCUACGGAUAUGAACAACGAUGGUCGAUUGGAUGUAGUGGUCACAUACACCGAGGCAGAUACCACUGCGAUAUGGCUGUGUCUGGGUAGUGCAGAUGCCAAUGGGUUCAGCAACUCAUCCGUCGUCGACACAAACGGCACAGACAUCAGCGGCCAGCCUGCUGUGCUGGAUUACAACGGAGAUGGUUUCAACGAUUUUCUUGUGCAGUCUCCCACCAAUGGCCGUGGAGUCUUGCUGUAUAAGUCGUCGGAUCCGGAUUCACUGGUCAGCGAGCCUACGUAUGUUUUCUCAUCGCAAUCGGAAGUCAAUGCCACCACAACAGAAGCUCUGCCUGCCAUUAGUGUCCCACACUCCAAUGCCUUCGUGGAUUUGAACGGUGACUGUCUGGCAGAUCUUGUAGUAACCACUAAGGAGGGAAUCGAGUUCUGGCUCAAUAUCCCAGGGGAAGGAAUAAGCAGCGCAACGCGGACGCUGCUCAAGUUGCCGGUGGGUGUUUUGUACACCAAUCUAGGGCAGCUCUCCUUCGACGACAUAGAUUCGGAUGGAGCCAUGGACAUAGUAGUACCGGUGUGCACUGUUUCCGACAGCGUCUGCACUACUUCACAGGUCCUUAUCCUGUACAACUCCGCCACCAUCGAUCGAGACUCCAGGUGCCAGGCGGCGUCUAACUGGGGCUUCGGCAAACGCUACACUCUGCAGGUGCUGGCUGACGUUAACUUCGUUCCGUAUAAACCUGGAGAUACCAAUUCGCCGCCGAUUGCGCUCCGCACAGGUUGUCUCGACUUCGAUGGAUUUCCCGAUGCGGUGGGGGUAGCCAUAGUCUCGGCGUCCGGGAAGAAAUCAUUGGUGCUUUUCAUGAACCAAGACUGUGAGGAUAUACCUGGCAUCAAUCAAAACACGAUGAAUGUUUGCGAUCGACGAGGAUUUCUGCCGGUGAUCGAGCCUGUCGUGAGUGAUGUUACUGAUCCCAUUGUUGGGGCAUUCUUUGACUAUGAGGAGAACAUCAUUUUGGACCUGGUGGUGAUUGCGCAGAGCACCACAGGGACAGUCAUACCACGGAUUCUAAAGCAAAGUCUGGUCAAUGAUGCGUUCUUCGUCAAGGUGACCGUGUUAAACGGAGUUGACAUGAACGCUGACCCGUUACCCUACGGUGUGAACACUAUAGGGGCGGCUGUUGGGUUGCAGUUCGUUGACAUCUACGGACAAGACCAGACACGUAUAGCCGCACAGCAGUCUCUGACAUGCUAUCAAUCGCUACAGACAGGCUAUAGUGUGAUAGGUCUAGGGCGUACCACCAACUACAUCGAUGACCUGACCACGGCCAUUGCAUAUACGGGCAACGGGGUCAUCAAUAGCCAAACUUGGAAUGCAGUGCUUCCGAACUCUCAACUGGUGAUUGCACCUUACCAACCCGAUCAACCCGUGGACUGGACUAUGAAGCUCUUCCUGGUCCCAAAUAACGUGGUCUUAUGGGUCAGUCUAUCGUUAGUGGUGGGGUGCUGCGUGCUAACGAUAUUGUAUCUUCUGCUGCAUUUUCGGGAAAAGUGGGAAGACGAGCAGGAGAAACGGAGAACGGAUCAUCUCUUCAACUUCAACGCAAUGUAGUCUUCCCAAGCCUUGCAGGCGAGCCAAAACAUCACUGUGCCCGUGCAAAGUCCCACGGCGCAAUUGUCCCAAGUAUUAGCUAUGCAUAUCGCGACAGAUGUGCUCUUUACGGUAGUGUGAAGGAGAUAGCCCUGCGCAAAGUAUUCGUUUUCAGAUCACGUGCUUUACGGGCCAGCUAUGUCAUAAAACGGUGUAUCUCGGUAUGGGAUAUGCAGACAGGUAGAACCCGGCCUUGCCUCUGCACUGCUGACGAGGAUACCUGGUAUAUUGUAUUCUCAGGGAUGAUGUACCGUCUGGCAACCGAGCAUUGGAUGCCUGAGUGCACUACAUGAGGCUAUGAAUACGCACAACAGAGCACCUGCCAAUGCAGUCACGCUAAUGGCUCACAUAUGUCCACGGCCACGUGAGAAGAAUUGUACUCGGCCCCGGUAGAGAUAACGAUUUGCAUAUUGCCCAUAGAGAUAUAAGCGAAUGGUAUACAAGACAUGAGCCGCAUAUGUACAUCUGGGGGGAUGCAACCGCGAGUAUGGCCGGAAGGUCGAUCUGCUUUGGAGACAAGAGUAUCGUGUUGGAUACAAGUCUUCUUGUUGGCAAAGCCUCCACACAGAGCACCUGUCAGUAUGCCACGCUGGCGGCAUUCGUACAAGCACGUCGCCAUUCGACUUUCAACGGGUGCGACUAGUAUUGCAAAUAGUCUAUUCACUAUAUGUGGUGUUCUGUUAGCGAUAUCUGCAUUGCUCAGAAAAAGUAAAGCACAGUGCAAACUUCACGAAUAUUUUAUGCAGUAGCUUGGUGACGCGUUCCACUCUGGAGAAGCCACUUGAAUGGACUCAUGCGUAUACACACUUGAAUAAACUUGUGCGUAUAUAUAGUUCUUGAAUAUGGACAGAGUAUGUUGAGUUAUUCACUACUGUGUAUAAAUCAAUUCUCUUCUAUCACUAUGAUGUGCUCGAAUGGUUAUUGUAG